UCGAGUGCAGAUACUCUGUAGAGUAGAGAGAGAGUGUGUGUGUGUGGAAAUGUAGUACUCCAUCCUUGUCCCUUCUCCAAGCCUCGCUUGGCCUUUCCGGUCUGUGCCUGCUUCUCGGGCGAAGCACCAGCUUGUCCUCCCUCUAUAUAUAGCUCCCCAUUUCCUGCUGCUUCAGACUCAACAGAGAGAGAGAGAGGGAGAGAGAGAGAGAGAGAGCUGGCUCCUGUGACUUGUGAGGCUGCUGUGUCUGUCUAGCAACCAGUUCUUCAAAAGAGGGUUGAAAGAGAGAGGGGGGGGAGAGAGAAAGAUGGCUUGGAACGGGUCGAAGGAUGAGGAAGAGAGGGGGCUUGAGCUGAGCCUCGGCCUGCCUGGCUACUUCUCCGGAUCACCAGGCCAAGAAGGCUUGGAGGGGAAGGGAGGCCGCCGUGGUGCUGCUGGUGCUGGAGCAAAGGGAAGAAGCAACGUCUCCAAGCCAAGCAGGCCGGCGGCCGCCGCUCCGGUCGUGGGGUGGCCUCCGGUACGCUCCUUCCGGCGGAACCUCGCUUCCUCGUCCAAACCGCCGGCCGCCGAGCCACGCCACGGCGCGGGCGGCAAGGCUGAUGGCAGCAUCUACAAGGGCCGGUUCGUGAAGAUCAACAUGGACGGCGUCCCCAUCGGCCGGAAGGUGGACCUUAAGGCGCACGGCAGCUACGGCAAGCUCGCCGACGCCGUCGACCACCUCUUCCAGGGCCUCCUCGCCGCUCAAAGGGACGAGAGCUCCUGCGCGGGGGAGAAGCCUGCGGCGAUCACGGGGCUGCUGGACGGCAGCGGCGAGUACACUCUGGUGUACGAGGACGACGAGGGCGACCAGAUGCUGGUCGGGGACGUGCCAUGGGACAUGUUCAUCGCCACCGCGAAGAGGCUGCGCGUGCUGCGGAGCUCGGAUCUGAACGCGUCCUCGCUACGAGCGGCGGUGAGCCGGAAGAGGGGAGCGGCCGAGUGCUGAGCCAUUUAUUUAGGGAGAACACAUAUGUCGCUCUCGAUCGGAAUGUUUUCUAUCCUUUUUGCAAGCUAGCUAGACUUUCUGCUAUCGAUCUGUAUAAAUUUCCCGGAUCUCUUGGCUAUCAUCGUGUCAUGUUGCUAUCAUCGAGCAGGCCUGACUUGCACUGUUAGGAUCAUGUAUCUAGUGCAGUGUCGUAACUCGUAAGGUGUUGAUUUUUGGAACGGCGCAGGAAUGCUAAGUUUGGCUUUUAUCGAC